AUGUCAAGUAUUAAAAAACGAAAAUCUAAAGACUUAACUGAUUCUAAUUCAAUAUCAAAUUCUGAUACCGAUCCUGAAACCCUUCCUGAAAACCUUAGUACUUCUAGUGACGAAACGUUAAGUGGAGACAAUAUUAGCACAGAUCAUAAUAAUAACACAGAUUGUACAGAUCAGUCUGAUGAAGAUAAUGGUUCCAUUAUUAAAACUAAACCACGAAAAAAUAGUAGUUGGAUUUGGCAGUAUUUUCGCAGGAGGCGUCCAUCACGAAAAUGGAAAACACGUGCAAAUUGUACCGUAAUCAUAAAAACUAAAAAAUCACCAAAUGGACGAGAAUGUGGUCAGUUAGUUAAAACUCAAGGUUCGACCGGUAAUUUUCAAACACAUUUAAAUACACAUGGAAUUACCAAACCUACUAAAAUUACAAAUACAACUACACAACCAACAAUCACUGAAAUGUUUUACCGUGCUACUAAACAAAAUUCCCAUCAAAAAGAGACUAUCGAUCGUGCUUUGGCAAAAUGGAUAGUUACGAACUUACAACCUCUUUAUGUCCUACAAAAUGAAAGUUUUAUUGAAUUUGUUCAUGCGUUAAACCCAUAUUAUGAAUUACCAUCUGAUAAAUCUGUAAAAGCGCUAAUUCACAAAAAACAAAUUGAUGAUAAUGAACAAAAAUUUCUUCGUGCGAUAUCUGAUACUCCAACGCGUUGGAAUUCUUCAUAUAUUGCAUGGAAGCGACUCCUUCAAAUCAAACGUGCUAUUAAAUUAAUGGAAGUAACUAUGAAUGCAGAUACUAAUUAUAAUAUUCGUAAAGAUGCAAUUCAUUUAAAAUCAUUGAUGAUUACAGAAGAAGAAUGGAGAGUUCUUGAGGAACUAACUGUACUUUUGGCCCCUUUUGCUAAGAUUACCGAAUUACUAGGUGGUAGUAAUUAUUCUACACUUAGUUUUAUGUGGCCGGCUAUUACUACUCUUACUAGAAACUGUGAACCAAUAUCAGCAAAUAUAGAUGAAGAAAUUGAUUUAAUAAGUAUAUUAACUAUUUUUGAUGAGGAAGAAGAGGAAGAUAUUGUCGAUUUGGAUGAAGAAUUAGAAAUCAUUACUACUGCAGAUGGAAAUAAAAUCAAGCUUAGUCAACCUCAAGAUACAGAUGAUUUAGUAGAAAAAGUAAAAGAAAAUUUACAUAAAGCGUUAUGUUAUUAUUGGGACGCACCACUUAAUAGUUCACUGAUUGCAAUGUUACUUGACCCUCGCUGUAAAUCAAUGAACAAACUUGAUAGUUGGGAACGUGAUAAGGCCAUUAGUCUUUUGCGGGAAGAAUAUAAUUUACUUAAUACCGAAAAUGAAACUGUUACUAACUUACAGGCUGAAGAACAAAAUGAGAGUCAAAUGAAUCUUUUUUCAAUAAUGUUCGGAUUGGAUACAACAUCAACACCUCAUAAGAAUGAAAUAGACGAAUAUCUUAAGAUUGAUCAAGGCAAGAUCGACAUUGCCAAAAAAAGUUUGAAUUUCUGGAAUUCAGGCAACCUUUAUAUGAGAGCUGCACAGAAAAAAUCU